CAUAGUAAUAACCUCUUUCAGAGAAGGUUAAAAAGAGACAGUGCACAUGCUCAGAAAUGCUGCACUUGUUCUCUUAGCAGUUUGCAGCGGCCAUUUCAAAGAAACCAUCACAAAGACAAGAGAAAGAUCAGCAGAGAAGCACCCAUUCCCAAGAUGCUGGCACCCUGCCUUCUGAGGAGAGCCAUCCUUACAGUUCCUUUGGUAUUUUUGGUGGCACUACUUGUCUCAGAGCCUGUCAGAGCUGACCAGGAAGCAGGAACAGCCAUCCCAGCUGAAAGCCGCCCCUGUGUUGAUUGCCAUGCUUUUGAGUUCAUGCAGAGAGCUCUGCAGGAUUUAAAGAAGACAGCAUAUAAUCUAGACACAAGGACAGAAACUCUGCUUCUUCAGGUGGAAAAGAGAAAUCUGUGUGACUGCAUAGCUGCCAAUCUGCUGAACUGAACCCUGGAGACCCCUGAGGAGACUCACCUGUCCAGCAGUUUUUAAAAUGCAGCUGUAUAAAAUACAGCUUAAUGGAGUUCAUGUGGCAAGCAUGUAUGCCCCAAUGCUGAUGAAACUGGGGCCUGUGUCUGAUGUGUUUGUCUGUUCUGUAUCUUUUUUUAAAAAGUACCCUCUUUUCACAUCUGCUGGAUUGCCAGUAAGGGCUCAAUUCAGUAAAUCUGUUACUUGAUUUUAGGGUGGGGAGAGGGGAAAUGUACCUGCUUUGAUUUUUAAAUCAGAAUUUGCCAAGUGUAACCCCCAAAGAUAAUUUUGGAGAAAUUAUCCCUAGAGACAUGUUUAGCUGUUUUUUGUCUUCAAUAUGCACACGUCUGUGGCAACUUACCCAGUUACAUUGAGACAUGCCACUGUAGUCUCUGUAGGCUUUGCCUGUGUAUUAAAGAUGAUGAAGUCCUUUCUGUUUGUUGUCUGUGCUGUGCCCACCUUCAGGCAUGUUGUAGUUCUGUCAGCUGUAAUGGGCUGUGUGUCAUGAGGAGUUACACAUCUGCUGUUCUUGGACCAAAGCAGUUUAUAUCUGUGCUGAGCCUCCUGUUAUCCUGCACAAGAGUAUUAUUUUCUUUAAUUAAAAUGUUUGGGUUCUUCCCCUCCUUCCUUGGGCACCCCAUUCUAGUGAAUUUCUGAGUAGCUUUAUUUUAGCAGGUCAAAUGGCCAGAGUGAAAAGGAGAAUCAGAGUAUGAUUAGGCAGCCUGGCCAGUUCCAGCUGUGCCAAAUGCUGCCACCAGCAACUGCUCAGCAUCACACUGAAGGACAGCUCUGUGCAGUGCCAAUAAGUUUCUUCAUGAGUCUGUGCCUUAUUUUGCUUCAAGUGAAACACAGGAAUUAGGUCACACAUAUUUGGUCCAUCCUGUGAUGGGCUGAACUCCAAAUGUUUUGGUUUUCUCUUGUAGCUGCUUUUGAAAACUGCUCCUUCUGUUUCAGGCAAGAAGAAAGACCUUUGUACCUGAAAACUGAGAUUGUUUCAUCCUCACCUCUCGCCCUUUAUUCUAAGAUUCUGUGUCCACUCACAAGUCUGAAAUAGGCUGAGCACUGCCAGGAGGUGCUUGGAGUUCUGCUGUGCUUUAGAGCUGUCUCAAAUGAUUCCAGCAUUAAGACCUGGCUUGGGAAGGGGAUAGGACAUCUGAAAGUAAAAAUCUCUUCAGCUGAAUUUGGAAGAAAGUUCCUGCCUGUGGGUGUACUUAUAUAAAUAAAUUGCUGUGACUUUGCUGGGAGUGGAUGAGAGAGGAAACACAACUGCUGCUCUACCCCUGCAGCUGCAGGAAUGGUAACAGCAGCUGGGGGAGCACGACAGGGACCUGAGUGCCUUCCCAAACCUUCCAGAGCUGGGAAAACCAAUCCCUGUGCACUGAGAAGCACAGCAUGCCCUUCUGUGUGUGACCAGCACACAGGCCAGCACAGAAGCCCAGUGUGAAUGGGACACAGGAUUCUGGUGUUAUUUUUCCAAAUCCCCUCAGGGAGCAGCUGUGCUGUGUUUCUCACCAAGUCCAUUCACACAGCAAGGGAGCACUGGAACUGCUCAUUUUGGGCUGCUUGGCAAAGCCAGUCAGUGCAAGCCUCGCCUGCAGCUCCCCUCCCAGAGGGUGGGAAGGGGCAGCAGUCCUUAUCCAAGGCAGAGCACUCUCAGGAUUUCUGGGAGCAAAGCCUCCUUUGGAGAGCUUCAGCUGGCCCUGGCUGCAGCUCAAUGGCUUCUCAGAGCUCCUUGGCUUUUGCUGCACUUGGCUUGUCCUCAUCUUGUUCUAGCUUGGCUUUGUUCCCCUGCUUUGCUCUGAACCUGUGUUCUCUCUCCUCUCCAUCUCAACCUCCAUUCCCUCUUCCAUUCUGGUACUGCCCUCCCUCUGAUCCCAGGGAUUUCUCAGGGCACUCCAGGCCCCUCAGUCUGGUGAGUCUGGAGUCACUGCAGGUGUGGGUGGUGGGGCUGAUACUCCCCAGGUCAGCAGCCCCUUUGUCCAGCUGGCAGCACUGCCGGAGCAAUGAGUGACACCAAUUCACCAUGGAGCAGCAUCAGCAUCUCAUUCCCAGGGAAGAGGAACUCACCUGUUCAGGGAAGACAUUGUGUGGAAAGACCCCUUUUUACCUAAAAAUGAACAUUCCUAUUGCAGAACUUGGAGGAAGUCCCAGAACAGCUCAUUUUCAGAUGAAUUAUUCUGAAUUAUCCUGUGGACUGUCCCCCAGCCUGGUGUAAUCUCACUGGCUUGUUACAGGUGUGGACAAGAACCCAGCCAUGUUUGCCAGAUGGAAACACCUAUAGAUCUUCAUGAAUUUUUCCCUUGGUGAUUGCACAGGCACUGGCUUGAACAAAAGAAAACCUGACCAUUUGGAGUUCCUUCAGUUGCUUAGCUGCUCCUCUGCUUUAUGAUUCACUUUGUUGGAACUGGGGGAGUGAAACAUGGGACAGAAUUGGGCUGUUGACCCAGCCAGGAGGGGGACAGGUGGGGAAAGGGGAAUAACUUUUUUAUUCUCUUUCUCAGAAUCUGAAAAAUUUAAGUUUCCUUUCAGUCUGCAGAAGCUCAAUACAAGCAGGAUUUUCCUAGUGGUGAUUUUUACAUGCUCUUCUUAAUUACCUUACCCAUUCUCUUUUCAUCAAUUACUGUUUUAUAUUAAUUCUUGUUCAAAACCACCCAAAUGACUGGAGAGCAGCUAAUAUGCCACCAUUUCUGAAAAAGCAUUGGCAGGAAGGUGUGGGAAUUGCACCCAGCAACGAGAAUAUGUGUUCUGGGCAAGUGAAAAGAAACUUUUGAAGAAUUUGGAUACGUAAAAUCAGGUUUAGUAUGACAGAGUGACAAGACUCAAGACCAUUUUCAUAGAGAACAAGAACACAGCAGAACCAUAUGAAGUGCUGGUAAGGAGCCAGGAUAAACAGGAGCACUGUACAGACUGGGAACCUUCAGUCGAGUCAAGAGAUGGCUGAGGAGGGUGACAGAAGUUUAUGAAGCCAAAAAUGACCAGAGAAUGGCUGUUUGCUGUCCCUUUGCAAACAAGCAGUGGGAUGCACUGGACAAAACCUGCUGGAGGCAAGCAGAGCAAACAUGAGGAUGGUGCUCUUGACCUGCUGUGUGUUCCAGUGCUGGAAAUCUGCUGCUGUGCUUCCUACAAGAUGUGCAUUUUUUUUCUCCUCAAAAUCCAAAGUUCCUGUUAAAUCCAAACUAUUACACAGAAAUAUAAUGGGGUCAUCAGAACACUCAUGCAUCCUUCUCACUGUCUACUUUGUCCUGUUUUAUUCCCUGUUGUACAUUACAUGGUGCCUCUUGCUUUGUGGCUGUACUGAAAGCUGUCUGGGCCAGAGAAAUGAUGUCAACUGCACUGCCAGGUGGCCAAUCACACCUUUCACACUGCCAGGUGACCUAUCACACCUUUAGGUAUUGUCAACUUAUUAAAUAAAAAUCAUGAUGUAAAA